AUGUCGGCCGGAAUCCGACAUUCCAGCCUCCUGCUGAGAAAAUACGAUUGGAUCUUCUGCGAAUAUAUCAAUGUACAGCAACGCGGCCUCAACAUCAACAGGGUUGUGGGCAAGAACCACGAGCCAAAGGCGAAUUCCACACCAGAAGUCAAUAGGGUUGUUGUCAACCCAACGUCUGCGAAGCCUCUCGUCACGCGAUUGGAUGCCGUCCUUUCCUCAACCCUCUCUGCAAGUACUCUCAGAGUUGCUACAGCUCAAGGGAAGCCUACGAAGAGAAAGCGAUCGCAAGGUCUCCGCAUUUUGAAGCUGCCUACGGGCUCUGCAGAGGGAAUCCGUAUCAUCAGGGUCACCACAGAUGUACCGACAGCGCCGAAACCUCUCCUCAGACGGGUGAACUCCACAAAGCGAUCUCGAGGCCUCAUUAUAAAGGCUCAAUCAAAGUCGAGCGCGCCUGCGGCUACGGGGCUGUUCUCCUCUGAGACUGGAAUCCCAUACACUAUCUCGAGGCGCUAUGAGGAAGCGACACCCGCCAAGGCCUCCGCCGAAAAGGGACUGCGAGACCUCAGCCUCCGGAGGAGAGUGACUUCCGCAGAGCGAGUAACGCCUAAACCUGUCAGCAAGCAAUCACAAACUGUCCGCUUCCGAAAAGUACCUGCGGAUUCGAAUCUGUCUAUCGAAUAUGCACUGGAGCACGCCUUUCAAAAAAUGAACUUCAACAGAUUGGAAGAUCGGCCCCUCGUCCGAAGAGUGGAACGCCCCUCAAUUACGAAAACAUACUUGGCUGCUCCAGAGCGACCAAUACCAAGGGGCCGCCUCCAGCGUAUUAAGCCUCCGAGAAUCAGAAAGCAUUUGAGCACACCAGCGAAAGAGCAACCCAUCGUAUCAGAGAAAGCACACGAAAUGGCCCAAGAAUUCGAUCAGCCGAGACUGGAGUCCAUUGCAGCAACGCAGCCAGAAGUCUUCUCCAGUAGAGUGUUCUCACCAGCCAAGACGAAGAUCAUCAAAUACGACAGCUUACGGCUGAGAAAGCACGCAAUUACAUUGCCAACAUUUGUCCCACUCCUCAUUCGCAAAGUCAAGGGGCACGUCGAGGCCAGGAAGGUGAAAAGCUUCGCUGACAUUGGGGAGCAAACGGCCCAACAACCUGAACAAGAAGUCAAAGACGGGCGCGCGAUAGAUUUCUCAGACAUCUCUGAAGCAUCGGACCAACGAGUAGUCAUCCAACCACCUCAAGUCCAGGUCAAAGUUAGGCGCGCGAUAGGCCUCGAGGAUGUUCCUGAGGGAGUUGGCCAACCCACAGUCGACAGACGAAUUAAAAUUAAUGCCAAACGAUUUGAAGUUAUUAAGGGCAAAGACAGGCGUGCAACCCGCUCUAACGAUGUUCCUAAAGGAGUACAACCGCUAGUCAUCAAACGACCUCAGAAUAUCGUCGUUCAGAAAGUCCCCACAUCACCAAGUCAGCCUCUCGAGCCUCAGUCAGGAGUUCAGGACUCUCCUUUGAUAAGACGUUUUGUAUCAUCGUCUGUGUAUCCAAUUCCAACUGAAGAGACGAAGAACCUCUCGGCGUUGGCACCUGAACGGGACCCAAUGGAGCAACAUGAGCUCGCAAAUAUAGAACAUUGGAAUCCAUCCGAACGCAUCGAGCGUGCUAUCGAGUCCGCGGCUGCGAAGCGAUUACAACGGGACUCGUGGCUAACGCGCAAAGGCGACGUGCGACUGGCGAUCAGCUUGCUAUUUUCGCCCAGGAGUCUGAAAGACGUUGAGAGGUUGAGGAGGAUGUACAAUCCCAAUAAGGGAGAAUUCGGGAGUUUCAAGGUCCUUCGACGGCUUGAGGUGGGCAAUUACACAGAGUAUAAUAGGAUAUUGGCGUCUUUCGCGCAGAGCUGGAAGCCCUUUGAUUUGAAGUUGAACGAACCGGCACAUUUCACGACAAAGUCGAGGUACAGGGUAGGCUUUCAGUUGGACUCCGAAAAAAUUGAGCAACUGGAGAGGAACCUGUUGGAAAGUGUGAAGAGUUUGCCCGGUACCGCUAAUGUGGGCCGGCGUAAUACAAGAGACAACGAUGAGCUGAGAGUGAUGGUUAUCAAUGGGCUUGUAAAGGAGGCUGAGGAGGCGAUUCAUCUGAUGGAGCUCCUGGACCUGGAGCACAAGGGAGGUCUUCAAAACAUCAGGGUAGAGGGGUUGGUGUUGCAUGGGUACCUCGUGGGUGGAGACAGCCUCUUCCCUCCCCCGAAGGAAUUUCGGUUCCCUGGAGCAGAGUCCCAGAUUGCUCGGAUUCCCGGAGGCUUCGAUCAGGUCUCACAACUUGAGAUCUGA